AUGAUGGACGAUAAAAUUUUGCUCUACCCUAGACACGGUCAACUUUAUCACUAUGAUGUCCAUGAUCCGACUCCACGUGACGUCAUUCCAAAGGACAAUAUCAUAACCGGGGACGGCUACUUUGAACCUCGCAUAGUAACAGUUGUGAACAACAGUCUUCCAGGUCCACCGUUAAUUGUUUACGAGGGUCAGUUGAUCACCGUCCAUGUACACAACAAACUGGCCAGUGACGCCGUGACCAUUCAUUGGCACGGUCUGCCACAACACGAUACGCCUUGGAUGGACGGAGUGGCUUUUAUAACGCAAUGCCCAGUACUGCCGGGCCAACAAUUUACGUACCGGUUCAGGGCCACUCCGGCGGGAACAUACUGGUAUCAUUCUCAUAUUGGAGCACAAAGAUCAAUGGGGCUCAAUGGAGCUCUGGUGAUAAGGGAGAAGAUUCCCCUAGAAACUGACGAACACAUUCUCACAAUACAAGACUGGAACCAUGACAUCGAUUCUGACAUGGUAUAUAUGAAAAUGUACUACGGAAAUUAUGAAAAUGGAACCAAGGUUCCCAAUACAAAGUCGUUAGAGGGUGCUUCCUUCAGUAUGUUUCACAUACAUUCAGGGUUAAUCAACGGCAGAGGGCGUUACUAUGACGAUCUUACGGGCAACCACAACGGCGCGCCUCUUUCUAGUUUUAAUGUUACGUACGGGGCAAUGUAUCGUUUCCGAAUGAUAGCUACAGGCGCUUUGUAUCCAUGGCGGGUUUCCAUUGACAACCACAUGUUAAUUGUCAUCGCUUCGGAUGGAAUGGACAUUGAGCCAGUGACAGUCCAGUCCAUCAUCAUCAAUCCUGGUGAAAGAUAUGAUUUCCUAUUAAGCGCAUACCAGAGUCCGUCAAACUACUGGAUCCGGGCGAAGACACUGGAGCUCAAUUUGAACCAUACUGCAGAGGCCAUAUUACACUACGUGGGAGCAAUGAACGAAGAACCAACAUCCUUCCCUCAUAGUUGCACUCGGACCACUAAAUGUGUAACAUUGAACUGUCCAUUUACAGAGUUUCCAACCUGGUAUAAUUCAACGUGUAUCAAUGUCGAUAAACUUCGUCGGAAACAAAACAUGACGCCAACAACUAGUGUGAAUGCCAUCACACCAGCAGAAUCAGCUAGUGACACAUUUCUCAAUUUCGCUUUUCCUGGAACUUCCUUUACCCCAGCUUCUGUCAAUGGCAGAAAGUUUAAAGUACCUCAAGUAUCUGGUUUAACUCAGAUGAGUGAAGUAGAUGACGAACAUCGAUGUAAUGACAAAGAUUGUGGUGAUGAUAAAAUAUGCUACUGUUUUAACACAUUGAAUCUAGAUUACAAUAAAACAUAUAAUCUUAUCUUCCUCAAUAUGGGAUUAGGGCGGGGCUGGGCUCAUCCUAUACAUAUGCAUGGUCACUCAUUUGAAAUCCUCAAGAUGGGAUUCGGUGUUUAUGAUACUGAUGGCCAGAUUGUGUCUGACAAUCCAGAUAUUAACUGUCGUGGAAAUGGUACCUUUAGUUUCUGCAACAACGCAACCUGGUCUAACGCCUCCUGGUAUGGUAACAAUGUCCCCGGAUUAAACCUAAUCAAUCCUCCUCGGAAAGACACUGUGAUAGUGCCAUCUGGCGGGUAUGUAGUCGUGCAAAUCAGGUCCGAUAACCCAGGUCUGUGGUUCUUGCAUUGCCACAUUGAGCUGCAUAGCAUGGACGGGAUGGCCUUGGCGAUCAACGAAUCAUUGGCUCAUGUCCCACUGCCACCGAAAGGCUUCCCAGAAUGCCGAGACUUCCGGUACGAUCAGCGCUCUUAUUCGGGUCAUAAACACAAGCGUUCUGCAGAUGUUCACAUCAUUUCAGAGACACAAUAUGACGGGAGCAAUACCGGAGCAUUUGUUGUGAUGACGUCAGACCAGUUUUGGACAGUACUGGCCUUGUUGAUCGUGGUUAUCAGCUUGCUUCUAACCGUCAUCGUGUGGUUAGGCAUUUACAGGAGGAAUGUAACCCACCAGGCCAAACCAUGA